AUGGGUGUUGGAAGAUAUGUCUGCGUGGCUCUGCCAUUCAUAUUGACAGUAGGCAGCAUCAUUUCUAUGCUGAUUGCUGGUCUCACCGGUGUCACCAACAACGGUCUAUUCAUUUUCGAAAUCGAUACUAGGAACGUUACUAUCGAUGCCGAAACCCUUCAAAGCCUCAUCGGCAACAUUACCGCCGCAAGCAUCUCGGAUCAGGUUGACGAAGCUGUAAACAGCGGCCAAAAGGCUAUUAGCCAAAAUGUUCAUAAUCCCUUGAAUCAGCACAACACCCGCUCUCCAGCCCCGCAAGAUACCUCAGAUAUCUCCAGCAUCGUCAGCAGUCUUACCGGUUCCGGUGACAACAUCACCGCCGCUGAACUCGGUAUCGAUAAGAUCUACCAGUUUACUCUAUGGAACUACUGUUCCACAACAUCCGACGGUGCCAAGAACUGCACUAAGGCCAAGUUCAACUGGGCUGAAGAGGAUCUCAACACCUCGUGGGUUGAUGAAUUUGGCAAUCAGCUUGGUGGUGCUAACAUCACCAUUCCCGAUGAGGUGAACGACACCUUGAGCACUUUCAAGACCCUCAUCAAGUGGACCGAGGUUGUCUACGUCAUUGCUAUGAUUGGCCUUGGUCUGGAGUUAGUCGUUGGUCUGUUCACCGCCUGCUCUCGCCUGGUCUCAUGCCUAACUUGGGUCAUUUCUGGUAUUGCUACUGCCUUCGUUAUCGCUGCUGCAUCUAUGAUGACUGCGCUAGCUGUUAUCGUGGUCGGUGUAACGAAGGGCGCCACGUCGAAAUACGGUGGAGACGCCAGCUGGAACAACAACUUCUUGGCUUGCGUCUGGAUUGGUGUUGCUUUCGCGCUCGGUGCUAGCUUCUUCUGGCUCUUCUCCAUCUGCUGCUGCAAGCCCGAGAACCGUCCCUACAACCGACGAUCGGGACACGGUGCCGAGGGUGAGAAGUUCAUUCCCAAUGGCUCAUACGCGCCGCUCGGUGAAAACCGCAACUCCGGAUACAACUACGGUGCCCCGCAGCGUGGUGGUGCCCGCUCGGAUCUGGCCUACGAGCCCUACUCUCACGCCCGUUAA